CCUGCACGCACACAGUUUAUGGCCUUGCGUCAAAACUCUUUGGUUGUGAUGAGAGCUGGACGUUUGAAUAUUUGGAGAACCUGAGUGUAAACCGUAGCAGAAAAUUCUUCUUCAAAAUAAUGUAGGAACACGGUCUGUCUUUUUGGUUCCAGGACAGCUGUCUCUUAAUUUUAGAGGAAAGAAGCUGAUGUGAAUAUCAGAUGCUGUUGCUUCCUCAUUCUGCCUCAAGCUGCUGUCUCAAAGUUUUUUGUUGCCAUGGUGAAGUUUGUUUGGACAUUUUAAAAGCUGUGCUUUUAUAAACAACCUGGACCCAUCUCUGAUCAUCAGUUCGGUUGCGUUUGAAGAAAAUCUGGAUCUGCGCUAAGUGGAACUGGACCUGAAAUGAAACCUGGUAUCAGUGCUGUCUGUGCAUCUGCGUCUCUGCCAGGAACCUAUUGAUUAGACAGAGCAAAACCAACGCUGUUGUUGUCAUGUGCGUACUCACUGAGAGCUGUUUACAGACAGCUGUGAGUCAGUGAACGGCACUGAAGUAACUCAUUCAAUCAGCUUGCUUUUGGACAAACUAAAAGCUCUUAGCUGUUUGUGAUUUAAUUGGUGCGCCAUUACAUUACCAGACUGUGGCCUGACAGAUUGUUUAAAAGGGAGUCGUAUUUAUUGCUUAGAAAAAGCAGUGAUAAGAUCGGAAAAAAUGAAAUGAAACUUUUUAGUUCCCAAAUGAAGCUUUCGACAUGGUAGGUUUGUUCAGCAGUGCCGUCCAUCUCAAAGGUCAGCUGCGUUUUUCAGCUUUAAGUUAGAAAGGUACUAAAAUGGAUACAAUAUAACACAGAAGAUGAUGUGGAAGAAGGGAGGCUUUGACCAAGAGACUGAAACCAAACUGACUGGGAUGCUCUCGAAAGAGGACUGGUGUUGGAGAAAGCAGCUCUGAGGAUGUACAGAAAGUUGACAUUGUGCUUUGAACUGACGCUUGAGAAGAUCCACUGGACAAUCUAUUCGACUGCUCAGACACACUUUGAUCUCUGAACCAACUUCUGUGUUUCCUGUCUCUGAAAAAGAGAGAAAGAAAGAUACUGAGGAAAAUCCAGAGUGGGAUCUUUAUGGAACUAUUUGGAAUUCAGCGAUGAAAUAUUUGGAAUAUCGAGUGCAGUGUUUUGGGAACCAACUUUGAGUUAGUCUGGAGUGCAUUUAAAUUGAUUCACAUUUUAUUAUUACUAAUAUUUUUCAGUAUUUGACUUUUUGUAUUUGAGUUUUUGAUUUUCUGAAUCACAUUAUUACCGAAUGUUUUUUGUCUUUUACAAUGAAUGUUAAAAUGAAAUGAUUGUGUGUGAAGGUGCAGAGAGAGAUGUGGACAUUUAAAGGAGCGUUUGUCCCAAUUUGACUCUUUUGAGGAAUUGUGAGCAGCACCACAGGAUUCUGUUCUGCUUUCAGACCGCUGGCCUCGGCAGCUGCAGCUGCAGCUGGCACAAUGAAACUUGCAUGUGCGAGUGCAUUGUUGAUAAUUUACCCUUCCAGUGCUAAAAACUGCUUGACCAGUGACAUGCUCUCUGUCUGACUUACUGGGACGUGGGGCCGAUCACAGGGGCUGCCAUGGAAGUCAGUAGUACAUUUGACAACAUGACUGCACUGACACAUGAUAGGCCAGUGCAAACAUCCUCAUUCUGCCAACAAUUUGCAUCUGUUGAUGGGGCAGGAAAUUAUGAUGUUGUGAAUAAUGUUGUCAUUCCGACCCCAGGAGCACCAGACCCCAGGGCCCAGAAUUCUUUGCGGCAGAGCUGGGAAAUGAACUACCAGGAAGCAGCAAUAUACCUGCAGGAGGGAGAGAAUAACGACAAGUUUUUCACUCAUCCGCGAAAUGCCCAUGCGCUCAGUGCCUACCUGUUUGCUCACAAUCACCUUUUCUAUGUGAUGGAGCUGCUGACUGCGGUGUUACUCAUGCUUCUGUCUCUCUCAGAGGCCCCUGCCGUCCCCUUUCUCCGCUUGGAUGUCUAUGUUCAUGCGACGCUGGAGUUACUGGCAUUGGUAAUGGUGGCUUUUGAGUUAUGUAUGAAGCUCAGAUGGCUUGGCUUUCACACUUUUAUACGACAUAAGAGGACCAUGGUAAAGACAUGUGUCCUGUUUAUUCAAUUCAUCGAGGCAAUUGUGGUCUUAGUCCGGCAGACAUCUCACCUGCGUGUAACAAGAGCCCUGCGGCCAAUCUUUUUGGUGGACUGCCGUUACUGUGGAGCUGUUCGCAGAAACCUGAGGCAGAUAUUUCAGUCUCUUCCUCCCUUCAUUGAUAUUCUUCUGCUGCUGCUUUUCUUCAUGGUCAUCUUUGCCAUCCUAGGAUUCUGUUUGUUCUCAGCCAACACAGCCGACCCUUAUUUCAGCACACUCGAAAACAGCAUUGUGAGUCUGUUUGUCCUUCUGACCACUGCAAAUUUUCCAGAUGUGAUGAUGCCAGCGUAUUCAAGGAAUCGUUGGUCAUGCAUUUUCUUCAUUGUGUAUCUGUCCAUCGAGCUCUACUUCAUCAUGAAUCUGCUCCUGGCGGUAGUUUUUGACACCUUUAAUGGAGUCGAGAAGAUGAAAUUCAAAUCUCUUCUUCUACACAAGCGGUCUGCCAUAGAGCACGCCUUCAAGCUGCUGGUUAGUCGGCAGAGGCCAGAUGGAGUGUGUUUAAAACAGUUCGAUGGACUGAUGCGAUUCUAUCGUCCACGAAUGACUGCACGAGAUCGUUUCCUCACAUUCAAAGCUCUCAACCAUUCAGGUGCAACCAUGCUGAGUCUCCAGGACUUUUAUAAGUUUUAUGAAGUGAUCGGGCUCAAAUGGAAGGCUCGACGGAGUGGGGAGCACUGGUUUGAUGAUCUUCCUCGUACUGCAUUCCUCAUCUUCAAAGGAAUCAAUUUACUUGUGAAAUCCAAAGCUUUCCAAUAUGCAAUGUAUCUGGUAGUAGCAAUUAAUGGCAUCUGGAUCCUAGUGGAGACAAACAUGUUACAUGUUGGUGUCUCGUGGACUCAUGUUGUCCCAUGGAGUUACAUUAUUUUUCUCACAAUUUACGGAAUUGAGGUCUUGUUGAAGAUCACAGGCCUUGGUCCUUUGACAUAUUUCAGCUCAGGGUGGAACCUCUUUGAUUUCUCAGUAACAGUCUUUGCCUUUCUGGGAUUGAUUGCUCUGGCUUUCGACAUGGAGCCGUUCUACUUCAUUGUGGUGUUGAGACCUUUUCAGCUCCUCCGGUUGUUUAAAAUUAAACAGCGUUAUCGGAACGUUUUGGACACAAUGUUUGAACUGUUCCCACGUAUGGCCAGUCUAGGUCUGACGCUGAUUAUCUUCUAUUAUUCUUUUGCCAUCGUUGGAAUGGAGUUUUUUGCUGAUGUUGUUUAUCCGAACUGCUGCAACACUAGCACUGUUGCUGACUCGUAUCGCCAGAUAAAUGUGACCAUUGGCAACCGAACAGUGCUAGAGGAGGGAUAUUACUAUCUCAAUAACUUCAAUAACAUUCUAAGCAGCUUUGUCACUCUUUUUGAGCUAACAGUGGUGAACAACUGGUACAUCACUAUGGAAGGUGUGACAUCACAAACUACUCACUGGAGUCGCCUUUAUUUCAUGACCUUUUACAUUGUCACCAUGGUUGUCAUGACAAUAAUCGUGGCCUUCAUACUAGACGCAUUUGUCUUCAGGAUGAACUACAGUAGGAAGAACAGAGAACCGCUGGACGACCCAGAAGAUGAAAAGGGGAUUGUCUUUGAGACAGAGGUGUCCCAGACUGAAGCUCUACAGACUCUGGACUUGUAUAAACAUGCACUGGGCGUCACCAACCUAAGCUCACUGCAGGACAUGUGUGUGGCUCUGGAGCGGAGCGGGCAUUCCUCAUUGGUAUUUCUGGGUCGAAGGUCACGUACCAAGAGUGACCUCAGCAUGAAGAUGUACGAGGAAGAGAUUCAGGAAUGGUACGAGGAAUAUUCCAGAACAAACCUCCAGCCUGAUGAGACAUUCCGCAGUGAACUGGACAGCCCUGAAGCCAGUGCCACAAACAGCAUUAACUAAAACUCACACACUCCGAAUACUGCAUCAGCGUUAACUAACAUACUCACUCGUACCUCCGAGGGACCUUAGAACUGUCUUCCUCCCAGCGAUGGAAAGCACAGGUGUUCCCCAUGACCACUACAUUCUCCCUCCAUCCACAUGGAGACCCACAGAUCUCACUUAAAGCCUUAUUCCCCAAAAAACCUUAAGGUUCCGUGGCCAAUCAGGGAAGCUUGCAGACCAAUCAUGUGACAUGCACUAGGUCCGGGAACCUUCUUCUUCUUCCAUGAAAUGCACCUCAUGACAUUUGCCUUGUGGUGGGUGACCUUGAAUGAUUCAGACUCUCUCGUGGAUAUGACAAACGGAGAACGGCGAUUUGAAUGUUUCUGUGGGAGAUGAAUCAGAACUGAAUGUGAGGAUUUUUAGCACUAAGUGACUUGUGUCUCUUUCUCCACAGUCUGAGGUAUUGCUUAACCAAGAGAUAAAAGAUUAUAGUAAUAAACUAAUGCUGUUUUUAAACUAAAGCUGCUUUUUGCUGGAACCUUUGGACCUAUAGAGAGGCUUAUUUUUUCGUUAUAUAUAUCAAUAUAUACAUGCAGAGUAAACGUAUGUCAGAUGCAGUUGAAGGUCAAGUAUUUAAAAAUCUGUUUUAAUACAUCCACCAAUUUACUCGAUAUGGGCUGGUUUCCCAGGCACAUGUUAAUUUUAGACUGACAAGUAUAAGAAAACCAGCCCUGGGCCUUUCAGUUCAUUUAAACUUUUGUCUUGUCACGUAUGGAAAGUCCUUAUUUCCUUUGUUUGGAGUCAGUAUUGUUUUAAUGAAUUUUAAAGGUUAGAGUAUUUUGACAGACCAGUUCAGAUAAAAUCUAGUCAGAAUCACAAGUUUGAUUGCACAGGCAGUCUGAUCCAUUCAGCUUUGUAUGAUCCAUGCAGAUUUGUCUCCAAACUGAAAACUUUAGGUGAGAAAGGGAUACCAUUUAGCCUUGCUUAUUAUGACUUUACUCACUGUACAGCGAAACUGUUAUUUAUCUAUUUACAUUGAGUUCAACAUCUCUCCUGUUCUCUGCACUAUUUUAUAAUUUAUAAGUCAUUUUCUUGAUGCUUUUUAACAGGGUGAAUGCAUGCAAAUCCUCAUAUAUUGUUUACUCCCAUGUCUGCAGUAUCUACCCUGGAGGAAAUCAUGGAUGUGUUCAUGGGGGUCAGUGAUUUCAUUCCAGUUGCUUGUUUAAUUGCACUGUAGGAUGUACAGCCUCCAUGCUCCAAACACAAGGGAACAUGAUGCAUAUGUGACAUGAAACCACACCAGCUCCUCUAAUACUGUAGGGUUUACCUGUGUCUCAGUUCUCUGUUCUUAUUCCUUUGUAAAUGUAUAAUAACAGGUCUAGUAAAUGAUACAUUUUAA